ACUGAUGGCUAAAAUGGUCGUUACAAAAUUUACCUUGUAACAUUCCCCGAGCACUUUGCAACACUGUGGUGCAUUUCAUAAGCAGCACAAAAUCAAACGUAAACUUCCCAAGACAUCUCGAUUUCGCAAAAUGUAUUAAAAAUCGAAUAAAAUGAUUGUCAAAAACAUUUUCAAAUUGACCCAUGUAAUGGGUAGGCUCCGCAUGGUUCCUGUCAAGGAGUUGCAUAGCUCUGUGCCUUUGAGAACGGCCAGUUUGUGCGCCGCGAAGGCUCCAAGUAGGGGUCAGGUGGCGCGACUGCAUCCUCCAAAUCCGCAUACGUCCAACGGCAUGCUGUGGGCGUUCACUGCAGCAUUCACGUUUAAUUUAUUCGGUAGCGGCGAUGAGAAGGAGGAGACCCCGGAAGACAAGCUGGUGAACACGAUCAAGCGAUCUAUCUUGUGCAUUCAGAGGGAGCAGUUCGAUAAGGCCGAGCAGAUGCUCCACCUGGCGCUCCGAAUGGCCCAAGACUUGCAGAGCAAGGAGGGUGUAACGUAUGUUUACGAUGUGAUGGCUAACCUGGCCAUGGAGAGGGAACAGUUCAAGAAGGCCGAAAAGAUUUUCACCGACGUUAUGAAACGUCUUUUCGCCGACGGCCACAACGAAGAGAGUCCCAAGAUCUUGCACAUAAGCUCCAAGAUAGCGCACAUGGCCCAACUGCAAGGCGACCUCGAAAAGAGCUUUCAGGGCUUCACCUGGACCCUGCAGCAGUUGGCUAAGCUCCUGGAAAAGAUUCCAGAAGAUAAAGACGUACAAGAGUUGUAUGGCCUGACAAAGAACUGGUUUGGCCAGUUGCUGAUGAAGCAGGGAAAUUAUGCGGAGGCGAGAAAACUCUUCAAGGAAGCUUACGACACGCUGGUCGAUGUAUAUGGCACCGUGAACGAUGCAUCAGUAACCAUUCUGAACAACAUCAGUGUGGCUUAUGUUAAUCUGGAGAAAUACGCAGAGGCACGCGAGACUCUUCUGGUCGCAAUGGAUCUGGCCAAGGAGCUAAAAGACGUUACUCAGGAGGGCAUUCUUCAGGCUAACUUGGGGCUGAUAUAUCUGCGAGAGGGCUUGAUGAAGCAGGCGGAGAACGCUUGUCGUCUGGCCUGGAAAAUGGGGAAGCAACAUGGAAAUCCUGAUGCUCUCGAGCAGGCCGAGUAUUGUCUUAAUGAAAUUAAGACAACGCUGAAUGGAGAGAAGCGCCAGUAAGGCACUUCUUUAAACUUGUAAAUCUUAUAAAUUUGUAUUGAGGCUUAAAAAUAUGUUUGCCCAAACUGUUUUAUAAAAAAUACGAAUGG